CAAGAAUGUCACCCUUCCAUGCCAAUGUCUGACCCCAAUUCCGCCCUUCCAUCCGGCAUUAUAUAACAUCCUUCCAUCUCCUUCCAUCUCGCAUCACCUCCAUCUCAUCUCAUCAUCCCUCUCAUCGAUCGACUCAACAUCAAAAUGAAGUUCUCCGCAAUCAUCCUCUCCCUCGCCGCCUCGGCCGUCGCCCUCCCCUCCUCCCUCCUCAACCAAGGAGACGCCCCUCUUGGCGGCCACAAGUUCCCUAUCCCCAGCGACAUGACCAUCGGCGAGGCCCAGGCCAAGUGCGGUGACCAGGCCGAGCUGUCCUGCUGCAACAAGGCGUCUUACUCGGGCGACACCACCCACGUCGGUGGCACGUUGAGUAACCUCAUCGGUGCUGGUUCAGCGGCCGAGGGUGCUGGAUUGUUUGAUCAGUGCUCUAAGCUGCCUAUUCAGAUCCCCGUGUUGCUCCUUCUGGGUAUCAACGACGUGCUUGACCAGCAGUGCAAGCAGAACGUGGCAUGCUGCCAGCACAACGGUGGUUCUGCUGACGAUUCUGGUGUUGGUGUCAGCAUCCCUUGUGUUGCGUUGGGCUCUAUUCUGUAGAGUGUCUCUCCGAAUGUAUACUCUAUCCUGUGAUAUAAUAGAUUGAAAAGCAUCAUUAGAGUUGUUUUAUACUUAAUGUUUAAUAAGAUUAAUCUUAUUACGAUGUUAAUCUUUGUUUUGUUCACUCGUGUUGUUUUCAGUGAUAUGAAGCAAGGAAUGUAGGGAUACAGAGUCUUUGUUUCAGGGGUAACAACAUGUUUAAUUAUUCUGCAUCGAAUAAGAUAAACCAUGG